AUGCACUGGAGACCUUUGGUUGCUUCAAUUUUUCUUUGGUGUUCAGCAUUUGCUGUUGAUAUCACUCAAGACACGGUGGUGAUUAGCCCCAUCAACUUGCAGCUUGGAGAUCUCCAUGUAUUCCCGGAUGUAUACUACUCUAUCGUGAACAAUUUAUUGACCACUAUUGGCGGUAGUCUUCAAGUUGAUAGCGGCGGUGCGUUCUACGUCACUGCUACAAACCUGCUAGCAGCUUCUGUUGCUUUGGCUUCUGGAACAGUGCUUAAUGACGGUGAUAUUGCUUUCAACUCCCUCCAAUCGACAUUAGUCAGUACCUACAGUAUUGCGUCCAUUGGAAGUUUUGUCAAUAACGGGAAUAUGUGGCUUGGUAUGACGGGUUUUUCGUUGACUCCUCCAAUAACUCUUGGAUCCGCCACUACUUUCAUCAACAAUGGAAAAAUUUAUAUGAGGCAAGAGAAUGGGAGCCCUUCUUCUUUAACCAUAUCAAAUGCGUUAGGAACGGUGAAUAAUGAGGGCACAAUUUGUUACUACAACUUGAAUUGGGCUCAAACCACCUUCAUUCUGGGAGCUGGUUGCAUCAAUGUCAUGACUAAUUCAGACUUGAGGUUGAAUUUUCUCCUGUAUAAUAUUGGUGCUAACCAGAAAAUCUACUUGUCAGACUCAUCGUCGAAAUUAGAAAUUUUUGGUUUGUCGCCUUCCUUAACGGGUUCUUCUUUUUAUACGGUUUAUGGAUUCGAAAAUGGGAACAGAAUCGAGGUUAAUACUGGUUUUACUAACUACGAUUAUAACUCCGGUACAGGUGUUUUAACUCUUUCGUUCUUUGCUGGACUUUUCUCUAUCUCGAUUAAUAUUGGACCAGGUUAUAAUCUGAAUCUUUUCGAGACAAAUGGUUUGUUCAACAGUGGUACUCAGAUAUGGUACACUGGAACAACUACCAACGAAGCACCAGCCAUUUGUUCUUGUGAUGUUUUUCCAGACCCACCAGUGGAUGAGAUAAGUUCUUCAAGUGAGGAAUCUACUACUAGUGAGGAAUCUACUACUAGUGAAGAAUCUACUACUAGUGAAGAAUCUACUACUAGUGAAGAAUCUACUACUAGUGAAGAAUCUACUACUAGUGAAGAAUCUACUACUAGUGAAGAAUCUACUACUAGUGAAGAAUCUACUACUAGUGAGGAAUCCACUACUAGUGAAGAAUCUACUACUAGUGAAGAAUCUACUACUAGUGAGGAAUCUACUACUAGUGAAGAAUCUACUACUACUGAUGAGUCUACUACUAGUGAGGAAUCCACUACUACUGAUGAGUCUACUACUAGUGAUGAGUCUACUACUACUGAUGAGUCUACUACUACUGAUGAGUCUACUACUACUGAUGAGUCUACUACUAGUGAAGAAUCCACUACUACUGAUGAGUCUACUACUAGUGAUGAGUCUACUACUACUGAUGAGUCUACUACUACUGAUGAGUCUACUACUACUGAUGAGUCUACUACUAGUGAAGAAUCUACUACUAGUGAGGAAUCCACUACUAGUGAAGAAUCUACUACUAGUGAAGAAUCUACUACUAGUGAGGAAUCUACUACUAGUGAAGAAUCUACUACUACUGAUGAGUCUACUACUAGUGAAGAAUCCACUACUACUGAUGAGUCUACUACUAGUGAAGAAUCCACUACUACUGAUGAGUCUACUACUAGUGAAGAAUCUACUACUAGUGAAGAAUCUACUACUAGUGAAGAAUCUACUACUAGUGAAGAAUCUACUACUAGUGAAGAAUCUACUACUAGUGAGGAAUCCACUACUACUGAUGAGUCUACCACCGGGGAAGAGUCUACGACUACCAAUGAGGGCCUCACUGAGUUCACCACUACAUGGACCACCACCAACAGUGAUGGAUCUGUUGAGACUGAUUCCGGUGUUGUGAUUGUUAGCACUGACUCUGCAGGUUCGUUCUUCACCACCACUUCCGAGUUCCCUAACUUGACUACUUACACUACUACGUGGACCACCACCAACAGUGAUGGAUCUGUUGAGACUGACUCCGGUGUUGUGAUUGUUAGCACUGACUCUGCAGGUUCGUUCUUCACCACCACUUCCGAGUUCCCUAACUUGACUACUUACACUACUACAUGGACCACCACCAACAGUGAUGGAUCUGUUGAGACUGACUCCGGUGUUGUGAUUGUUAGCACUGACUCUGCAGGUUCGUUCUUCACCACCACUUCGGAGUUCCCUAACUUGACUACUUACACUACUACGUGGACCACCACCAACAGUGAUGGAUCUGUUGAGACUGAUUCCGGUGUUGUGAUUGUUAGCACUGACUCUGCAGGUUCGUUCUUCACCACCACUUCCGAGUUCCCUAACUUGACUACUUACACUACUACGUGGACCACCACCAACAGUGAUGGAUCUGUUGAGACUGACUCCGGUGUUGUGAUUGUUAGCACUGACUCUGCAGGUUCGUUCUUCACCACCACUUCCGAGUUCCCUAACUUGACUACUUACACUACUACAUGGACCACCACCAACAGUGAUGGAUCUGUUGAGACUGACUCCGGUGUUGUGAUUGUUAGCACUGACUCUGCAGGUUCGUUCUUCACCACCACUUCGGAGUUCCCUAACUUGACUACUUACACUACUACGUGGACCACCACCAACAGUGAUGGAUCUGUUGAGACUGAUUCCGGUGUUGUGAUUGUUAGCACUGACUCUGCAGGUUCGUUCUUCACCACCACUUCCGAGUUCCCUGGAAUAGUUACCUCUUAUACCACUACAUGGACCACCACCAACAGUGAUGGAUCUGUUGAGACUGAUUCCGGUGUUGUGAUUGUUAGCACUGACUCUGCAGGUUCGUUCUUCACCACCACUUCCGAGUUCCCUAACUUGACUACUUACACUACUACAUGGACCACCACCAACAGUGAUGGAUCUGUUGAGACUGACUCCGGUGUUGUGAUUGUUAGCACUGACUCUGCAGGUUCGUUCUUCACCACCACUUCCGAGUUCCCUGGAAUAGUUACCUCUUAUACCACUACAUGGACCACCACCAACAGUGAUGGAUCUGUUGAGACUGAUUCCGGUGUUGUGAUUGUUAGCACUGACUCUGCAGGUUCGUUCUUCACCACCACUUCGGAGUUCCCUAACUUGACUACUUACACUACUACAUGGACCACCACCAACAGUGAUGGAUCUGUUGAGACUGACUCCGGUGUUGUGAUUGUUAGCACUGACUCUGCAGGUUCGUUCUUCACCACCACUUCCGAGUUCCCUAACUUGACUACUUACACUACUACAUGGACCACCACCAACAGUGAUGGAUCUGUUGAGACUGACUCCGGUGUUGUGAUUGUUAGCACUGACUCUGCAGGUUCGUUCUUCACCACCACUUCGGAGUUCCCUAACUUGACUACUUACACUACUACGUGGACCACCACCAACAGUGAUGGAUCUGUUGAGACUGAUUCCGGUGUUGUGAUUGUUAGCACUGACUCUGCAGGUUCGUUCUUCACCACCACUUCCGAGUUCCCUAACUUGACUACUUACACUACUACGUGGACCACCACCAACAGUGAUGGAUCUGUUGAGACUGACUCCGGUGUUGUGAUUGUUAGCACUGACUCUGCAGGUUCGUUCUUCACCACCACUUCGGAGUUCCCUAACUUGACUACUUACACUACUACAUGGACCACCACCAACAGUGAUGGAUCUGUUGAGACUGACUCCGGUGUUGUGAUUGUUAGCACUGACUCUGCAGGUUCGUUCUUCACCACCACUUCGGAGUUCCCUAACUUGACUACUUACACUACUACAUGGACCACCACCAACAGUGAUGGAUCUGUUGAGACUGAUUCCGGUGUUGUGAUUGUUAGCACUGACUCUGCAGGUUCGUUCUUCACCACCACUUCCGAGUUCCCUGGAAUAGUUACCUCUUAUACCACUACAUGGACCACCACCAACAGUGAUGGAUCUGUUGAGACUGAUUCCGGUGUUGUGAUUGUUAGCACUGACUCUGCAGGUUCGUUCUUCACCACCACUUCCGAGUUCCCUAACUUGACUACUUACACUACUACAUGGACCACCACCAACAGUGAUGGAUCUGUUGAGACUGACUCCGGUGUUGUGAUUGUUAGCACUGACUCUGCAGGUUCGUUCUUCACCACCACUUCCGAGUUCCCUGGAAUAGUUACCUCUUAUACCACUACAUGGACCACCACCAACAGUGAUGGAUCUGUUGAGACUGAUUCCGGUGUUGUGAUUGUUAGCACUGACUCUGCAGGUUCGUUCUUCACCACCACUUCGGAGUUCCCUAACUUGACUACUUACACUACUACGUGGACCACCACCAACAGUGAUGGAUCUGUUGAGACUGACUCCGGUGUUGUGAUUGUUAGCACUGACUCUGCAGGUUCGUUCUUCACCACUACCUCUCAGCUUGCGGAUCACACUGAUGUUGUCAUUUGUCGCAGAGAUGAUGAGGAUUGUGUCUCCUUGACCUCUUUCAUAACCACAUGGACUACCACUAAUGCCGACGGUACCGUUGAAACCGAUUCCGGUGUUGUCAUUGUGACUACUAACUCAGCUGGAUCAUUGUACACCACCACAUCGGAAUUCCCCAAGUUGACGACUUAUACUACAACAUGGACCACCACUAACCCUGAUGGCUCAGUGGAAACUGACUCUGGAAUCGUUAUUGUGAGCACGGACAACGCAGGCUCGUUCUUUACGACCACAUCGGAAUUCCCCAAGUUGACGACUUAUACUACAACAUGGACUACCACUAACCCUGAUGGCUCAGUGGAAACUGACUCUGGAAUCGUUAUUGUGAGCACGGACAACGCAGGCUCGUUCUUUACGACCACAUCGGAAUUCCCCAAGUUGACGACUUAUACUACAACAUGGACCACCACUAACCCUGAUGGCUCAGUGGAAACUGACUCUGGAAUCGUUAUUGUGAGCACGGACAACGCAGGCUCGUUCUUUACGACCACAUCGGAAUUCCCCAAGUUGACGACUUAUACUACAACAUGGACCACCACUAACCCUGAUGGCUCAGUGGAAACUGACUCUGGAAUCGUUAUUGUGAGCACGGACAACGCAGGCUCGUUCUUCACGACCACAUCGGAGUUUCCAAGCAGUCCUACAGACACCGAGUAUACCACCACCUGGACUACUACGAACAAGGGUGGCACUAUUGAGACUCACUCUGGAGUUGUUAUCGUGACAACCGAUUCUGCUGGAAGCUGGUACACUAGUACAUCGGAAUAUCCAGAUUAUACUCGAUAUACUACUACGUGGACAAGUACCAAGGUUGAUGGCUCUCUCGUGACUGAUUCUGGUGUCGUAAUCGUGACUACUGAUGUCCAUGGGUCAUUGUACACUACUACUUCAAAAUUUGGUGGAAUAGUCACCUCUUACGUCACUACCUGUGUCACUACUAAGACUGAUGGUUAUGUGGGUACUGAUAUUGGUAUUGUUGUUGUCAGCACUGACAAUAAAGGUAGCUUGCAUACCACUACAUCAUUAUUUGUCUCUGGAGUCAAAUCCCAGGCUACAGAAUGGACUACAACACUUGUUGAGGGCGUUACAACGACUGUAUACGCAGAUGUUAUUGUUACUACAGAUAAGUCUGGAAAAUUGUUCACAACUACUUCCUUCUCAGAUAAGGGAGCAACAACAGUGUACUCAACUCAUAAUGAAUAUGGAAAAGUGGAAACUUAUACUGUUAUUGUGAAGCCCACAAAUGAUGCAGCAGGCAAUGUUAUCUUGACUACUGCAUCAAAUGGGGACGAGUCCUCAGAGACAGUUGUACUUUACGUGACCACUCGUGCAGAUGGAGUGGUUGAAACAAUCGCUAAUGCGGCAACACAGAAGCCUACUUCAGUGACUACACUGCCAGCCUCAUCAAGUGGGGGUGCUAAUGCAGGGGGUUCAAUUACAACUGGGUCUUCCAGUGCAGAUCACACAUUGCUUGAAGGAGCAGCCUCCACAAAUUCCCUCAGCUUAGGUGCAAUACUUGGCAUCAUCGUAUUUGCAAUGAUAUGA